UAUUGAAUGAAAACUAAGAAAACCUUUACGAGUGAAAGAGUAUAAAACGAUUAGGAAAAUCCAAAUCAAAAUCAUCGAAAAUUCUUCCAAAAAAAGCAACCUCAGCUACCCUUGACAUUUUCUUCAGUUUUCAACAUUUUCUGAUAUAUCAAAACACAUUAUUAACAAAUAUAUUCCGUAGAAACGCACAUUAUGAAAAUUUCACAGUAAUCCACAUUUUUCUAUAAAUUUCAAACUUUAACCCAUUGCAACAAAUUUUUGGAUUUCGACUGAAUAAAAUCAAGCAAAAUGCUGGCGAAGAAUACGCUUUCCCGAGCCCCGACAGCAAUUAGUAGUGUAUUAGCAUUAAGUACCAGCCAGAUGCGCCGUUUGAAUACCCUCUACGAUCCUUAUGACGACGGUGCGCCCAAGGCGCUUAAACAGCGAAUGAAUCUGAAGAAAAAUGAUCCAUUGGAUAAGUCUAAGGUGCGCCUUAAGGAUCUCUGCUGGGCAUCGAUGCGACGCUCCGAGUUCAAAUGUCGCUCCGAUCCCGAGUUCAAAGUUCCAUCUUUUAUCGAUGGUGAUAAUCGUUGCUUGGGUCCCUGUGCCACUGCCUAUCCGCGGACGGAUCUCAUGUUCUAUAAGCCCAGCGACAAACUAAAUCGCAAGUACCAACGGACUUGGUGCGAGUGUGAGUUGACGCAAAGGAAGAGGAAGGCGAUCUGCCGUUGCCGUCCUCCAAACUUUUUAAGGCGACCACGUCCUGUGCUGAAAUCAUCCUCUUGCUCCGUAGGCGGCGAGGACCUGGGACUGGGGCUAUGCCGCCCUGAGAAAAAGGUGAGCUCCUGUCCCAGGUUCAAGCUGCCCUUCUGCAAGCCAGCCAGUGUGGUCGGCUGCCGGGCUGGACGUCCACAUGCCGGUUGCGCUCGCCGCAGGACGAAAUAUCCAAGCUACUCGGAAUGCACAUUGGAACCGACUCCAGAUGUCCCACCCACGCACUGUUUCUGCGUAAACCAGCCGCCCAUGUGCGUCGUAUGGAACUACUACCGCAUGAAGAAGUCUUAGUUGCCAAGUUCGUUCUACAGUAACCCGUUGCCAUCCCUUAGUUUCGAAUAAACAAUAGCAGAGUUCACAUAGAAAA